AUCUGCACCGGAGAGCCAUGGCCGGCAACUCGAGGCAUGCGCUGUUGGUAGCUCCGAGUCAGUAGAUGCCAAGAAAAGAGCUUGAGGGGCGGUGUAGUUAGCUGCGUAGAGGUUAGCUCUAAGAAUUCUCUUUAGUGCAGCCAAUGGUUUAAAAAGUGCGGCUUUCAUUGCUAAUCCAAAAUAAGAUAGUAUUCCGCUCCGUGCUAACCUUGUUUUUGUGGCAAUUGUAAACAGCUUGAUAUGAUAGGUCGUUCAAAGUGAAGGACAACUGAAUAACUGAGAGUGCUCUGUAGUCUGGCAGUGUGCAAUGGUGCUUCAAUCAACAUCACCUCUUGUGGUGGUCGCCAACAGCCUGCCAUUCGUCGUCGUAGAAGAUGCGAAAGGCAAUCGAGUUCGAAAGCAAUGUCCAAGUGGGUUAGUGACCGCCGUGGCGCCGGCUGUGGUUGAGACAGGCGGGUUGUGGGUUGGCUGGCCCGGCAUAUACGAGGAGGACAAACCUGGCCCCAUCCCUGAGCCCAGCCCUGACGACGACUCUCCUUCUGCAGGCCUAAAAACUGAACAGGUGGUUCCGGUGAUCUUGCCGCACCAAUUAUUCGAUGAUUUCUACAACGGUUGUUGCCAUUCGUGCUUCUGGCCGCUUUUCCACUCCAUGCCCGACAGGGCACUUUUCCGGUCGGAAAAGUGGCAGGCGUACUUGGCUGUCAACAAGCAGUUCGCAAUCCAGGCGGUAAACGCCGUGAAAACAUCCCUGGAGAGGCAACCAAAUUCCGUUCCUCUGGUUUGGAUUCAUGGCUAUCAAAUGAUGUGCGUAGCGAAUUUCAUCCGUAAUAUAUGUGAUGCUGAGAAAAUAAAAGUAAAAAUUGCUUUCUUCCUGCACAUACCAUUUCCUUCGUGGGAUAUAAUGAGACUUUUCCCCUGGGAUGAUGAACUUCUACAAAACAUUCUUUGUGCUGACUUCAUUGGUUUCCAUAUUGAAGAUUAUUGCUUCAACUUCAUUGACUGCUGUCAAAGAAGACUGGGAUGCAGAACUGAUCGGGCAAGGAUGCUCGUUGAGCACAACAACCGAACCGUUUCAGUUCGUGCUUUGCCCAUCAGCAUUCCGUACGAGCGUUUCCAAGCUCUUGCGGAAUCUGCGCCCGCUGUGGUCAAGAACAAUCCUGAGGAACUAAUCAUGCUAGGUAUCGACCAGCUUGACUACACCAAGGGCCUCGUUCAUAGACUGAAAGCUUUCGAACGGCUAUUGAAGAAUCAUCCUGAGCAUCGAGAAAAAGUUGUCCUCAUUCAGGUUGUGGUCCCGUCUAGGACAGACAUGAAAGUGUAUCGGGAUCUAAAAGAUGAAUUGGACACAGAAAUUGGAAAACUCAACGGUUGUUUUUCUACAGCCAACUGGUCUCCCAUCCGCUAUAUUUGUGCAUAUGUUUCUCAAGAACAAUUGGCAGCUUUUUACCGGGAUUCGUCUGUGGCUCUGGUGGCACCGCUCCGCGAUGGCAUGAGCUUAGUGGCCAAGGAAUUCGUCGCUUGCCAAACCAAGGAACCUGGCGUCUUGGUACUGUCGCCAUUUGCUGGAGCUGGCAUUGACAUGACUGAAGCACUCCAAGUGAACCCUUACGAAACUGAGCUCUAUGCAGAAACAAUUCACCGUGCUAUUACAAUGCCCAAAGAAGAACGUGAAAUGAGAAUGUUCCGCCUACGGCGACAGGUCAGAGAAAAAGACGUGAACUAUUGGCUAGAAUCGUUCUUCAAAAGCGUAAAUUGUUAUGCCAACACUGAUGAAAUUCCAUCUGGAAAGUUGAGCCCUCUACGGGAAGACGAUUUUAAUUCGUUUCUGGAUCACUAUGUUACGGAAACUUCGAAGUUGGCCUUGUUGCUCGAUUACGAUGGAACUUUGGCUCCCAUUGCACCAAAUCCGGAUCUAGCAGUCCUGCCGGCUGAAACAAAAAAGGUGCUUGUGAGACUCGCCAACAUGCCUGAUGUCUACAUAGCCAUCAUUUCAGGACGGUCUUUGGAGAACGUUAUGAAGAUGGUGGGAAUCGAGGGGCUGACAUAUGCUGGUAAUCACGGCUUUCAGAUCCGCCAUCCUGAUGGCUCGCAAUUCGUUCAUCCUGUGCCCCACGAAUUCAAUGAAAAGUUAGACAAACUUCGCGAAUUGCUGAAACCAGUCUGCAAGCAUGGAGCUUGGUUGGAGGAUAAAGAUAUUGGAAUGACAUUCCACUACAGAGAAGUACCCGACGAUUUGGCAGCCGAAAUAAUUGCUAAGGCGGAAGAAUGCUUCGUGAGUGCAGGGAUUGAGCCGCAUCCUUCGCACAAGGCCUUCGAAGCUCGCCCUCCAGUUCUUUGGGACAAAGGCCGCGCAGCGAUACGAAUUCUAUGUAGCCUGUUUGGUGUGGACUGGAGUGACAGGAUCUCAGUCAUAUUUGCCGGAGAUGAUAAAACGGAUGAAGAUGCCAUGAAAGCCUUGCAAGGCAUGGCAAUCUCAUUCCGUGUAACUGCAUCCAAGAAUGUUAAAACCGUGGCAAACCAUCGACUGCCGUCCACAGAUUCAGUUCUAACGAUGUUGAAGUGGAUCGAGAGACGAUUCAGUGCCCGUCCUUUCGAUGCAAGCAAACCCGUUCUGCCUAACAGCUCACUGAACCAGUCUCCGGGAAGUACCUCGUCAAGAGUCCCUCAACGAGUCCCGUCAGUGAGCGAGGACAUCAUUCUAACCAUGACAAUGAGUGACGAACCAAUGGUUUCGCCUAAGGCCUCUGGCUUGGCAUCGCCAGCGAAUGCCGAAAUUUCGCUCAAAGAAUAAUGCCUAAUUUCAACCUCGAAUGCUGUUGCGUUGCGAGAACAAUUUUGGUUCUAUUUCAUUUUAAAACAGUAUAUCAUAAAAUAUAUAUUUAUGUGAUAUAUAUGUCGUAUAAAUAUCAUUAUAAUUUGCUCUGUUUAUUGGCACAAUAUUUAAGUUCAGUGUAAAACGAUCGAAGAAGCUGGCACAGAUGAGACGCAGUUCAUAGAUUUUGUGUUGGGAGUCCAGAUCGAAAACUAAAUGUUUUAGUAAAUUAUCUUGUGUACAUUUCCAUUUCUAAGUUAUACAGCAAAAACAUUUCACCGACAAAUCGCCGUUAAGUUUUGAAGCAGAAAAUUUUUCCAUUUUUAUCAUUUAGUUAUCCUAAUAGAGAAAUACUUGACCAGUUGUCACUUCACUUUCUUUCAAUUCAAAUUUUGGCGACAUAUUUUCUAGGGGUUUGUGUUGUGGGAUGAAAUUGUGUAUUGUUUUCAUGUUGAAACUUUUAAUUCUAGUAAAGAUAAAAAUUACCUAAUAGUCGAUACAAUUUUUUGAAAAAUAUUGUGCAAAAGGACAAUCGAAGAACAUUCGACUUUAAUUUUGUUGGAAUUCAGCCUGUGUCGAGCCAGUACUUUUUGGAUAUCCUCAUUAUAGUACCCAAUUUAGUUUGCAUUAGAGUUGUGCGUAGAUAGUGCUUUUUUGUUCCCUUUUCUGAUUCUAGUUUUAGUUAAUUUCAAUAUUUUAAUUGGUUAUUAGAUAAUUAAACGAAAAAUUAAAGCGCCAUUGUUUUCGAAUUAUAUCGAACACAAUUUGCUUAGCGUUCCAGAAUCCAUCUGAUUUUAGUUAGCAGUUGGAUAAUAAACUGAAAUGCACUAUGGUUUUUCUUAUUAGUAGAUGCGAUUCUUAUUAGAGUUAUCGAUAAUUAGCCUUCUUUAUUGAAAAAAUGCAAGCGAAUGCGUGAUUUUUGCUGUUUUAAAUCCUUGAAUUUUGGAUACGUGAUUUUUGCUAUUUUAAAUCCUUAAAUUUUGGAUACGUGAUUUUUGCUAUUUUAAAUCCUACGGCUGUGCAUUGCAAUAUUCAAUAAAGUAUUGCCUAUUAUCCUUGAUUCCGAGCUGAUUUAAAUAAAGUGGGUCUCAUAUUGUGAAGCAUUUUAAGUCCGUGGUAAUGUACCUCGGAAAACCUUACUUGCCCUGUACGUAUGUCGUGUUCUUAUGAAGUUUAAAUUACUGAAGAGAUUCAGAUCUUAACUGAUUGUUGCAUGAAGAAGAAUAUUUAUUGUUUU